AUGCACGGGACAGGACGGAAAGUGGAGACCAGGUCGGCGCUGCAGUCGCCUUGGCUUCCUGUUUGGGCAGCUGCUCCCCGAGCCCGAGGCCGGGGCAGGGCUGGGCAGACCCGGGCUUGUCGAGAGACCUCAGCUGGGCGGCUGUGCCAGCAGCCGGAAGAUCUGUCUUUGAAGUUUCCAUCCGCCAGCUCUCCUCUCGUGUCAGAUGCGCUGCCCAGCACGUGCGUCUCACGGCGCUGCUGUGGUAAACCCCUGCUCCUGGACAGCGGCGAAGGACUCAGGAAGGAGAGGGCGGAUGGGGUGAACCCACCGGCGCAGCUGCUGCUGGUGACCCUGGACGUCCCAGGACGUGCACCGCGGAUUCCACCAGCUGCGAACCCCAGCCCUCGACCAAGAGUCGCAGUGUGCUGCGUGUGUCCGGACCCUUGUCCUCCCUGCCUGGCCAGCUCGGCAGAGCAGCUGCUCCCCCCGCGCCUGCAUCUGUCGGGGACGGAGGGGACGGAGAGGAUGUCGAGUGUGCGCACGAUUCCAUGCGGCUCCCGGGCACGGACUCAAGGACCUGCCGACUUCGUUGUCAGCAUCCUGCCGUGGACUGGGCCUGGGUGGCGGCUGCCACUGCCCUGUCCCCACUGCUCCGCCGCUGGCUUGGGCCAGGUCCAGGAGGAGCAGAACAGGAUGCAGCCGGAGUUACAGCCCACUGCGGGUGCUGACACCCUUGGGCGGUCCCGUUCCAUGAAGGUGAUUGUCAUUCAAAAUGCCGUUCACAUCAUGCGGUCUUUGCGCAGACUCUUCGGCCUCCUGAUACGGACCUACACUGAGCUCCGGGCCUUCGGCUGGAUCCUUCGGAUCUCCAGCGUGCAGACAGACCUUUGCACUCUGCACAUCUGCAUCUGGAUUGCCACUGAAGAACCUGGGAACCAACUCCAGGAGGAGAUGAGAGCCUCACAGACCGGGAACGUUCAUCAGGAGAGCCCACUUCUAGAGGGAGACGACAUCGCAACUCGGGGAGACCCCGAGGGGCUCACAGCCGACCUGGAGUACAGCUACAGCACGUGCUCCCCGCCCAGCGGGCCGCUGGAUGACAGCGAGCACCAUUCCCAGGCCCUGGUGGAGCUGGAUGUCAUCUCCCUGCUGCCUGUAGUGUCCCUCCAGGACGUGGCCCCCACUGCCACCGCCUUCUCCACGGCCAGCCUCCUCCACAGCCCGGGUCUGCCUCACCACGCCACCCUCGGUCUCCAGCAGGAGGUGGCCGGCUGUCCCGUUCCCCCGAGCGACCCGGGCCUGGGCCUGCCAGGGCCUGAGCCCAAGGGCCCCGAUGCUCAGGAUAUCUCCUGCUGCCGUGAACAGAAGCCCACCGGGCCCACUGGGCCUGUCACCCAGAACGACCACAUGUCCGAGCACAGUCUCUACUCCAUCGUCCAUGACAAGUCAGAGAAGUGGGAUGCCUUCAUCAGAGACACGGAGGACAUCAACACCCUGCGGAAGUGUGUGCAGAUCCUGUUCAACAGCAGAUUUGGGGAAGCCCUGGGCCUGAGCCACAUGGUCCACGUCCCCUACAGGAAGAUCGCCUGCCAGCCAGAAGCUGUGGAGGUCCUGGGCAUCCCGGACAACAUCCCUUUCAAGCGCCCCUGCACUUACGGGGCCACCAAGCUGAGGCGGAUCCUGGAGGAGCGGCACAACAUCCGCUUUAUUGUUAAGGGGGUGUUUAACGCGCAGACUGUCACACGGGUCAAGUUUUUGAAAGACUCAGAGAGGCUGGAGCCAGCCAGCCCAUCUGAGGACACCUCCAUGGAGAUUUCCAGGGCUGCCAUCCUUGACCAGGCCAUGCCCGCUGGGUCAGACAAGGGUGGUGUCUCUGAAGCCUGCACGCCAGGAGCCUGUGGGGAGCUGCAGCCAGUCAACAUUGAGCCUGAGAACCCAGACCUCACCCAGGUCACUGUCCCUCACCCUUUGGCAGCCUCUGAAGAGAUGACAGACUUGCUGCUGGGCCACCCCUCUCAGGACUCUAGCUUUGGGACGGAGAUGGUGGCUGAGCUGGGGCCCAGGGAGGACCCAUGGCUGGCAGAGGGGCUGGCAGAGGAGCUGGUAGAGGUCCUCUAUGGCUACGUGGUCAGGCUGCUUCGGGAGCAGGUGGAGCGGCUCUUCAGCACGAGGUACGCUGAGGCCAUCGGCGUCUCAGGGCCCGUGCAGGUGCCGUACUCCAAGUUCCUGAUGCACCCUGAGGAGCUGUUUGUCAUGGGGCUGCCGGAUGGCAUCUCCCUGUGCCGGCCGGACUGCUUCAGCAUGACCAAGCUGUGUCGGAUCCUGGAAGCCAGCAAGAGCAUCCGCUUUGUCAUCAGGAGGCCUGAGCUGCUCAUGGACACCGUCAAGGAUCCUGUCACUCACAGUGAAGUGAGGGACCCCCCGGUGGACGAGAGCCAGAGGAGACAGGGCUUUCCAGAAAGCUCUGAGGCGGGAGCCCCUGGCGCUGACAAGGCCAAAAUGCUGCGUGAGCAGGUCCAGGGCCUGUUCAACAGGAAGUACGGGGAAGCCUAUGGAGCGCUGUGCCCCGUGCAGGUGCCCUAUGACCGAAUCCAGAGCAACCCCGGCUGGGUGACCAUCGAGGGGCUGCCCCCGGGGAUCCCCUUCCAAAAGCCGUGCACCUUCGACUGUCAGAGCCUGCUGCGGAUUCUUGCCGAGGCUGACAAGAUCAAGUUCACGGUCACGGGGCUGGUCCAAGAACUCAGCCUGAAGCCUGAGAAGGGCGGUUCUAGCAACCUGGGGGAGGUAGUGAUCCUCCGGGAGAGGGUGAGGGAGCUCUUCAACAAGCGGUACGGCAAGGCCCUGGGCCUGGGCCGCCCUGUCCGGGUCCCUUACAAGCAGAUUCAAGAAAACCCCUUCACCGUGGAGGUCACUGGCCUGCCUGAUGACAUCCUUUUCCAGAAUCCCAAAAGCUAUAACUUCUACCAGCUGGAGAAGAUCCUGAAGGUGCAGGAGCACGUGCACAUGCGCAUCAUCAACCACCUGCAACCUUUUACAGAAACCUGCAGCGACGCUGGGAUGCCAGCCAGAGAUGCCUGCGACCCCAAGCCCAAGAGAAUGCGGGUCUCCGAAGGCAGCUCUGAGUCCUUCUCGAGCUCCCACGCCAAGUUCAUGGGGCCCCUCAACCAGAUCUCCCUCAUGCAGUGGCCGAUGUGCCAGGAAAACUAG